CGCAGCGAUAUAUACACCGACUCUGUGUGACUCACGUUUGAAUAUUUUCAUUACAAUAGUACACGUUUAUUAAAGAUCGUCAAAAAUGUGAGUACACCUAACAAUAUAAUCAUUAUUAAUAUUAUUAUUAAUUACAUUAUACUCGGGCGAUAUUUAUGCGCAUUUUUUCUGUUUUUUAAUGCAAAACAUGAAUUUUAUUGUCCGCGGGGAAGUUCAAAAUAUUCCAUUCGUAUAAUACAUAACGGCGUUUGAACGUUAAAUAAUUUUAUUAUCUCUACUCAACUCGGAAUCAACGUAAACGUAAUAUUUACUUGAGAAUUUCGCACAGAUAGGCACUGUCGAUAUUUUUUUGCGAGAAAAAACCGUACAAUAUCGUUAUUUAAUAACGUCCCAUUAUAAUAUUAUAUUCAACUCUAUUUACAAAUAAUUACGAUAUCGUUAUCGCACCUUAAUAUAGUAGUAUACACCCAAAGGAAUUAUGGUUAACACAGGGCCGGUUAGAUUUUAAUAUGUAAUUUUUAUCGUCAAACUACGAAUAAUAAAUUGCUGCAACGUUGCAGUUCGAAUAGAUAUUUUACGUACAUAAUAAUAUUAUGUACAAGGUAGAUUGUAAAACUAUUAAUUAGCUAGGUGAUUUUGUUAAUGCCGUUUUAAUCUAGUUGAAUGUUCGUUGUAAUAUUAUCGGGGCAGAGUUUAGACGUUAUUGUUAUACAACAGUAGUAACAAUAGCUAUAAGCUAUUGACUCGGAUAAUAAUAAUAAUUUAAAAAAAACCCCGAUAAUAUAAUGUAACGUGUUUAAUAAAAACCUAUCGUAUCAAUUACAAACUCGGAUACGAUUAUUUAUCAUUAAUUAGUGGUGCGUUUUAAAUCGUUGCCAGUCUGCCUGUACUCAAAUAUCUAUUCGGCAAAAUACCUAUUAUAAAGCCUACUCUUUGUCGUUUAUAGAUUACGAGGAGAUGCAAAGAUAAAAUAUCAAAUCGUCAAUACGUUUUGCACAUGUAUUAGCAUAAUAUAAUAAGUGUGGGAAAUAGGGGCGUUGGAAAAAAUUCCAAUUUGGAUAUUGUUGAAAUCCGAUUUCAUAUAAUAUUGGCAAAACUGACGCGGUCGUUUUUUAUUUUUGAUUAAAUUCGUAUAUCUAUCUAUAUAAAUCGGAUUUUAAUGUAACUACCAUUUCGGUACAGGAAUAUUUCAUCGGAAGUUCCGGCGACUUCGAAAUUGUGGCGAAUAGAAAAUUUACUGGGUCGCGUGAUCACUCAAACAACCGAGGAUCCGAAAAAAAUUCCGUGUUAUACAUAACAUGAUUUCCACUGGGACCCCCUUUUAUGGGUCGGGACAUAAUAGUUCAUAGUUAAUAGUUCAUUCAAUUUAUUGAUGAAAAUGUACACCGUAAUAUUUGUAAUAGUAUAUGUUAUUGACAAAUAGUUAAAAUCAACUGCUCUGAAUUUCGUUUGAAAAAAAAAUAACUACCUCGUACUUACGAAUAAAUAGACACGAGCGAUGACCAAAUUAAUAUUAUGUACGUUAUAAAUCGCCGAAACAUACCUACAUUCUUUAUACGACUUUGUGACUUUACAAUCGUUUGAUUUUGUUAUUAUACAAUAUACUUGUUCGUUACAAUUUACGUAUUAAGCUAGUCGCAUAGGUAAUAAUGAUAUUAAUGAUAUUUUAAUGCGUUUUCUAUAGUAUAUAAACGUAAUAAUGUUGAUAAUGUCCAAGGACAAUAAUGAUUUCCUUUCGAUGUUACCAGUAAUUCGAAAUAACUGCGCGUGAUAUAACACGAUUAAAUAUAAUUAUGAAAAAGUUUUAACAGGUGAAAAAAACAAAACCACAAGUACAAAACUCGAAAACUUCUCACACUUCAAACGCACAAAAAAUACAUUUUUAUCAAAUUUACGAUAUUAUAUAGAAUGGUAUUUUUGAUUUUUCUCCGCUAACUAUGUAGGGAAAGUAUAUAAUUAUUGGCAGCAAACCCUUACCGCUACGCAACCACUUUCAUCCCCCAACCAUCACAUUCAAAACUCUUUUGUAAUUUUUAAAAUGCAUUAAAUUAAUUGCCAUAUUUUUUUAUACACAGGCCCCCGACAUAUCGAGAAAAAAACAGAUUGUUUGUUUCACCACUGAAAAAUAAAUAAUAACAAAUCGAAGGGAUGUAAAUAGAAUAGAAUUUUUUCCAUACAACUCGUACACAAUUAAUUAUUGUAUUUACAAAACAUUUUUCCAAUACGUGCAGUUGUCGUGAGUGUGUGUAACGGCGACUAUAGCAUAAUAACAAUUUAUAUACAGUAUAUUCAAUUAUUCAAUCAACUAUCGUAGUGCGCGAUAAAUAAAUAAUAUGCUGGUUACAUUUAGUGGGUCAUCUUCGGAAUAAAAGAAAAAAAAAAUAAUACAAAUUGAUUACCUAUAUCAUUUGAUAUUUGCUUUUUAGGCUGUAACGAUUGUUAGAGAAUUCAUCUUAAAACGCGUUAUUUAAUAUGCAAUUUAGACACGUAUUUGAAACCCAAAGUUAGAGGGGGGGGGUAGGGGAGUAAAUUAAUUUUGUUAUGAAUAAUCAAACAUUUAUCCACUACCUUUUCCUAUGUAACUGUUUUAUCUUGUUUCCAUCAUUAACUAAAGGGCGGUUUAUAGUAACAAAUUUUAUCUAGUUGGUGUAUCCGAAAAGUUAUUGUGCGAUAUUCUAGGUACUUUAAAAAAUAAUUUCAGAAAAAAAUACUGGAAACCUGUGAAUAUUUAUGCAACAACGGUUUGUGUUAAAAUCUAUGUAGAUUUUUUUUUUAAGUAAUUUAGUGGAAAUAAUCGUAGAGAACUUACAUUUUACCAAAUAACUACUGAUUACUGAUUACACUAACAUUUCCUCGAGGCAGUAUAUUUUUCGAAAAUUUUGGCGUUAUUCAAGUUAUUUAUUAGAUUAUUCAUAGCUUAUUUGAUUUUUUUUCUGGUUUUAUGUAGAUAUAAAUUUCCAGGUCUAUUAAAACGAUUAAAAAUUUGAUACAAGUUUCAUCAUAAAUUGUACUUAGUGGUAAAAAAAAAAAAAAUGAGCAUUAUAUCUUAGUUUACCACUGGACUGGGCUCAGAUUUCUUUUACGUUCGCAACGUAAAUUAGAAGAUAAAUAGACUAUGAUACGGGAUUCGGAGAGGCGACUGCUCCUAUAAACUCCCUCUAAUAUGUGUCUGUUAUAAUAAUAAUAAAGAUUCGCUAUUUUUUUGCAUUCAAAUUUAAACGUGUAAUCGAAUUGUUUUAUCUUGUCGUAGAUCGACACCUGAUACUCUAUAUAAGGGGAUAAGUGGCGAGUGGAGCGGCGAAGAUUGGAGGUGUACUCUCUCACAAAGUGACUUAAAAAUAAUAACAAUUAUGAGCGUUUAUAUUUAGGUUAUUUACUCUUAAAAUGUAUAUUUAAAAUUUACAAAACACUUUAUUUAUCGGUAAUCGGUUUUUUUUUCUGAUUCCACGAUAUGUAUUUAGUAUAUCCCACCCCGUUAAAAAUUCCCGAGUAAGCCGCCGAACAAGGCGUCUAUCAACACCAUCAAAUUUAUUUUAUUUGAUCUAUUGUUUAUUUUAUGGUUUAGUAUCUAAGUCUCCAUUACAUUCUACUACUUAAUAGUGAUUAACCUUAUACGAUUCGUUUUUUUCCCAAUAACGGUAUUUAUUUAUAGAAUGAUUAAAAAUACCUAAUUAAUUAUCGGCAUAUUAAGUUAACUGCAGCUGCAACGGUGAUGAUUUAAAAGUAUAGGCAAGAAAACUAGUGCACGUUAUUACGGACAAUGAAAAAAAAAGAAGCAAAAAAAAUAACAAAAAAACGUUUAAAUCAGGACGAGAUAUAUAAAAUUGGAAUAAUACCUAAUUGUUAGAAUACUUUUUUUUUAUUCCGAGUAUCACGUAGUAUUUUAUUUGACUGCAAAUCACUCGAAAACAAUGACGAAAAUAUAUCUAAAAAAAAAAAAAUAACAGAAAAAUCACGUCAAGUGUAAAACCGUACACCGUAACUAAUAGGUUAAUGGCAACAGUAGAAUGACCCUUCUGCAUCACUACGUAGCACGAAAUCAUCUGCUCUUUUCGGAGCCUUGAACUUGAUGUGUUUUGCAACACUACAACUGAUCAAAACAAAAUCUAAAAUUUUUUCAACGCUUUUUUUUAUUGCUCUAUUAUUAUUGCUGCAAGUACGAGUACACUGUGCAAAAUCACUUUUUUCUUUUUUUAUCAUAUCUAUAGUAUUCAUUUUUAAAUUGUAAACAUUUUAAUUUGUAAGUAUUCCAAAAGCAUAAUAUGAACAAUUUAAUAUGUAUGGGGCCAACGAGUGUUGAUUUAAUCGUUUUGAAUUAUAGUAAUCUGUCAAUUGUGAACCGUGGGGAAAAAAGUUACCAACGGAAUAUUAUGUAUUUGGCUAUGCGAAAUUCCCGCGUUGUGGGUCAAAGUGUCAAAAUCUAAUAGCAUCGGCAUCGUUUUUAUUUCUAAAUAACUGUAUAUUGUAUAACAAGCGGAGAGAAAAAGAUCUUUCGACGAUAAAGAAAAAAAAAAAAACAAAUGUUACGUUCAAUAAUAUAUUGGCGGCGUAGAGAAAACUCGCUGGACAGACAUGAACAAAAAACACUAGAGGAAAAACUGUACUUAUUCAAAAAGUGUAUAAAUGUAAAAGUAACGAUGACGACGAAGACGGAUGUCGACAACGCGGAUUCAGUUACUAUACAGACGAACGGUGAAAUACAAAUAAAUAAAACAAUAUGUACGCAGGUUUUUCUAUCCGUGCGGAAACCGUUUUCGCAAUGCAUUGACAUAGUACAAAAUCGAAUGCCAAACAGUACUAUACAAUUAAUAUAAAAAUCAAGACUUGAAUUUAAUUUAUUCGUUGGCGAAAGAUUUUCAAUUUUUUAGUCAACCGGGCAAAUGGAUUUAGUUGCACCCCUACCCCCUUCCCGAGAAACGCAACGAUUAGACAUGAACAGUGUUCGAAGGAGACACUAAAAACUAUACAGUGUACACUUAUAAUUUAUGUGUACAUUUAUAAUAAUUAAUAUGCUCAGAAAGAAUUCUAUACUCGACAUUUUUUUUGUUUUAAUACCUAUAAUUUUGUAUAAUUAUUUUUGUCGUGUUUUCAUCGAAGUAUCUUAAAGUUUUUACAAAGUUUCAUCUUGGAUUUUUAUUUUUACGAAAAGGAAUUUCGGAUAAAAUUAAUUUGUAUUAUAUUAUUAUCAAUCGGCAUCGGUAAGCUUUUAUUUCGUCUACAGUAUAUUAAUAUACCAGGCCUUAUAAUUUUUGGACAACUGUUGAUUAGCAGACUCCGUAUUUGCCUGCAUUGUAUAAAUAAAUAAAUAAAUAAAAUACAAGAGUUUUUUUUAAGGAGUAUAUUCACCAACAGUGAUAAUCAGUUGUUUGAAAAUGAUUAUUAUCAUCAACGUAACGCGCCAUAUUAGUAGUAGUUUCCUAUGGCCACACGUGAGUGCGCUGAUCAUGGUAGUACCGGUAUGUGGAUGGCCGAUAAUCUGCCCCCUAUCCUAUCGGAAAUCGUGUUUUGAACCGUCCAUAAUUAUUAUUUAUUAUCAUUAUUUUGUUAUCAUACUAUUUGAGUAUAUUGACUGUAAUUGCUCAAUGUUAGUCAUAAUUUUCAAGAGAACAUAACAUACUAUUAUUAUUUUUGUGACAGUGUUUAUUUUGAAUUUCAUUAUGUCAAAAACUUUACAACUCAAUUUGUUAAAAAGAUUAUUAUUUAAACCGGAAAAACGUUCUUUAUGGCAAUGGGUCGAUGACAUAUUCAAUCGGCAAGUGUUUUUACUACGAAUUACAUAAUACAUGGACAAGUAUUUGCAUCGGGUUUAUUAUUGUAAUCAAAUUAUUUGUAAAAUUAAGUUUGGAUGACGACCGUAUUAAAGAAGUGGGUCCUAACAUGGCAUGCGCAGAAUGGUUGAUGAAAAAUGGCGCACAAAUAAGAUGGAAAGGCUGCGAAGAAUUUGUGAAUCAUUACAAUUGUUUACCGAUCAAAUCGCGCGGGCAACAGUUUCAAAUUGAAGAAGUUUAUGCCGGGAGAGAAUCAUCAAUAUCGUCUAUAGGAUUUCCUUUUUUCAGUAAGUAUACAAACACUAACUAUAACUUAAACUAACUUUAACUAUGUAUUUUAUAGAUUGUGUAAAUACAUAUUACCUAUUAUAAAAUAUCAAUUUUACAGCUGGCUGUAAGAAUAUUUCUGAAGUAGCAUUUGUCGGAUGCCAUACAAUUAACGAUGAAGCAUUAAGCAAGCUAAAGAUUUUAAAAGAUAACCUAACAACUUUGAAAAUCAAUGGAUGCAUGAAUGUUACUGAUAAAGGAAUCUUAACAUUAGAACAUCUUCAGUAAGGAUGUGAUUAGUAUUAUUAAGUAUUAUUGUAUUUAAUAAUAUAAAUAUAUAUUAAUGAUUUUGAAUUUGCAGGGCAUUAAAAUAUUUAGAAUUGAAAAAUCUACAAUUUUUAAAGAACCCAGAAACUAUUGACACUAUAAAAGAAAAGUUGCCAGAAUGUGAUGUACUAUACGAGCCUAAUGAAUAAGGAUUAAUAACGCAUACAAAGCCAGAUGAUAAAAAGAAACAUUUAUAAUUAUUA